GCACCAUUUCCGACCGUUUUCUUUCAUUCCAAAACCCCAGACCCGCCCCCGCCCUCGCCCUCGCCCUCGCCAUCCCUCUCUCUCUCUAAACCCUAAAAAUCCGAUCGAAAUGUCCUCCAUAAACCUUAGCUGGAUGGGUGAAAACUGGUUCCAGAAGCCCUCUAAUCCCCUUCCUCUUUUCCAUUUCAACCCGUCCCAAAAAACCCAUUUACCAAAAACCGCCCAACCCCUGAAAUUCGCUUCCAUUGGUGUCGGAAACCUCUUCCAAAAGCCCCCCGAAAAGCCCCCCAAAAAGCACUCGGAUAAAUACAAGCGCAUGCUCGAUCAGUACUUGUGGGAGUGCGACAAUUUCCCGGACUAUCGUCACACCCCCGAAGUCGAGAAGAUCCUAGCCGACGAUCCGGUCUUCGAGAAAAAGGACAAUCCGACGGCUGCCGAGGUUGAAGAGAACAAGCGCUGGUGGGAGGAGUUCUCGAAAAACCCAGUUGUACAGUUUUUGCGGCGGGCUGAGGAUAUUGCUGACAAGAUUAAUGAGAUGGAACUGAAGGAGAACGAGGAGCCGUACCGGAGAGAGGACCGGAAGCUGUGGAAGUCGCUGCCGCAUGUGGUGGGGCCUGAUGGCCGGCCCAUGCCGAGGAAGGCGAUAAAAACGAAGGAGGAGUCGGAUGAUAAGUUCUGGGAUUUUGCGAGGCAGUUUUUCUUUGGGCUGUGGGGGUUCCGGCAGCGGUCGUACCCACCGGGGCGGCCCAUUGACGUCGCACAGGCGAUUGGGUAUAAGCGGCUUGAGAAGCGGUACUAUGACUUUAUCAUGAGGAGUGGCGGGUGGUACUAUAAGGACCGUCUGGGUCGUACAAGGGGGCCAUUGGAGCUAAUAACACUUAAAACUGCGUGGGGUGCUGGGAUAAUUGAUACAAACACAUUUAUCUGGGGCGAGGACAUGGAUGAAUGGGCACCUAUUGGGAUGGUUUAUGGCUUGGAGCAAGCAAUUGCCACGUGGGAAGUUAGAUUAGGUGCUGCGGCAACAGCUUUCAUUCACAAGUCGAUGAAAGGUAUACCUCCCUGGGUUCCUCUGAAGGGCCACGAAAAAAAGUCCUACGAGCAGCUUCAAGAAGAAGCAAUUGAAAGCAAGAAGCGUGACUUGGCUGUAAUGGAAGCAAAUGGAGGUAUUUGGCCUGGAGUCAAAACUCCAAGUCAUGCACUGUUUCUUUGGGCUAGUGGGUCUGAUCUCACCCCGACUUUAGAAGCAGAUCAUAUGCCCAACAAAUACAUCCCCAAAGAUCUUAGGAAGCAGUUAGCUAAAGUUAUCCCUGGUUUAAGGCCGUGGGAGGUUCUAAGCAUAGAGCAAGCAAUGGAUCAGAUCACAUACGAUGGGGAGUGGUACCGCGAACCAUUGGGUUCAUUCACAACAGGUCCUCCCUACAUCAAGAAUUGGAAUAAGGAUGUCAAGAGGAUGUUUAGGAUAUUCUACAGCCUCAGCUACAGAGUCUACAGCAAGCUAGACCGGUCAAUCCCCGGCUUCAGUGCUGUGAUGGGCAAGGUACGGAUGGAUUCUGCAGCAAGGGAGGCAAAACGGAAGGAAAAGAGAGCUGCAGAGAAAAGGGCGGAAGAUGAGGAGGCCAUCUAUGGGAAAGAUGCCGGGGAUGAUGAUGAUGAUUAACAAUGGCUGGCAUUAUUGUUUGUUAUUUUAUUUUUUAAUUUUUUCCUGUGAAGUUGGCCAGUUUUGAUUAUGAUGAACUUUAUAGAACUGUCAUUUGCAUGGGGUGUAUGCGUAAUGAUAAAGGCUUUUGGUUUUGAUACAGUGGCCCUGUUUUGGGUUUGUAAUUGGUUUUAGAACUCUUCCAAAUGAUCAAUUAAUAUAGGCAAUUGCUUUA